GUUUUGAACUCUCGCGGUUGUGAUCUUAACUACUAGUAGUAGCAGAAGAAGAACAAGAAAAUCAAAAGACAAGCGACCACAAACAAAAUACACAGCCAUCAAAGCAACACCAAACAUUUUUUGUUGCUCCGUUGUGUUCAGACGUUGUUGACGACGGACGGUUCGAACGCGCUUCUCCCUCCUUCUGCUUUGCCGUCUGCUCUCGCUGUUGUCGUAGCAGCUUUUGCUAAAAUCAUUUCUAAAAUUAAAUCCAAGAAAUAAAACCAAGCAAUCAAACGAUACAUAACGCGAACGUUGCUGGUUGGUAUUAUUGUCGAGCUUCACCAUCGAGGCAAGAAAAAAAUUGAAAAAAAAUAUUUUGGACGUGUUUUGAUGAUAGACAUAAAGAAAAUCGAUUUUGUUUUUGUUUUCCUUUGGAUCCAGAAAAAAGAAAUAUAGAAAGUUUUCUGUCAUACAUAUCUGCCGUUAGCCAAGAGAAUUGUAGUGAAAAAGUGUAAUUAGAGAAUACCUAUCUGGACGGACAAAAAAAGAGAAGAAGCCGAUUUCAUCCUCCUCACAAUGUGACGAUAAAGAGAAACCCUCCAGCUUUCCUUGGGCAAACAAGUGAAGCGUGAAACAAGAGCAUGAGAUACGUUAUAAAACUGGCCGCCGCAAUGAAUACCGUUAAACUUAAAUAAAGCAAUCAAAAAAAAUAACUAAAAAACACAGAACAGUUUUGAACACAAAAAAAUAAAACACCACACGCCUGGAUAAUAAACAAAACUAGUACCCCAAACACCUUCACCACCAUGGGCCUAAGAGCAAAAACAACAACCGCUACCACUGCUGCCACUUUGAAUAGUGCAAAUGCCAGCAACAGCAGCAGCGGUUCUCCCUCCGCCAAACACAAAUUUUUGAAUGGUGCCCGGAAAUUCAACAAGGCCUUCAGUCGCGGUUGUUCAACUUAUGUUGGCGGCAAUGGCGCCAUCACCACAAAAACACCCUCACCACCCUGCCUCAGUCCCAAUGGCAUCAGUGCUAAAUCCCUAAUUGAUCCACAUGCAUACAGCUUUCGCACCACAAUACGCAGCAGUUCAACAUCAGCAAUAAUGGUAGCCUCAAUGGCGCCCAACAUGCGUCCCCAAACCCUUAAUGUACACAAUCAUCAGCAGGCACCGGCGGAUCAUACACAGUUAUUUUUGGGUGAGGUCCUAGCUGCCUGGCGUGCCAAAGCAAGAUGCAAUGUUGUACCUGCCGAACGUACUCAAGAACUAUUUCAAGAGCUGAGUUUCCAUCCAAAUGACAAACAGAGUAAGUUGAAUACAUAA